GGUGAGUAUAUAUUACCUUUCGGCGCUCCCUGACUGAGCUAUCACCCUUACGCCAACAUGCCUGUAGAGUUCGAGCUAUGUCCUGGGCGGAAAAUUGGAGGGGACCAUCCAUGCUUCAUCAUCGCCGAGAUCGGACAGAAUCACCAGGGCGACAUCGAAACCGCCAAGAAAAUGAUCCGCAUGGCGAAGGAAUGUGGUGCAGAUUGUGCAAAGUUUCAGAAGAGUGAGCUGGAGUACAAGUUUAAUAAGAAAGCGUUGGAAAAACCAUAUAACUCUCCACACUCUUGGGGGAAAACCUAUGGAGAGCACAAGCGCCACCUGGAGUUCAGCCAUGAUCAGUUCCGGGAGCUACAGAAGUAUGCAAAAGAAGUAGGAAUUUAUUUCACAGCAUCUGGUAUGGAUGAGAUGGCAGUGGAAUUCCUUCAUGAGCUGGGCGUCCCUUUUUUAAAAGUGGGUUCAGGGGACACCAAUAAUUUUCCGUAUUUAAAAAAGACUGCACAGAAAGGUCGCCCUAUGGUAAUAUCAAGUGGCAUGCAGUCCCUGGACACAAUGCGUCGUGUUUAUGAAAUGGUGAAACAAGUGAAUCCAAACUUCUGCUUUCUACAGUGCACCAGCGCAUACCCUCUCUUACCAGAGGACGUCAACCUCCGUGUCAUAAAGGAGUUUCAGACUACUUUCCCAGAUAUCCCAAUUGGCUACUCUGGUCAUGAAACCGGCAUUGUAAUCUCAGUGGCAGCUGUCGCCAUGGGAGCCAAAGUGGUGGAGCGGCAUGUAACACUGAACAAAACUUGGAAAGGCAAUGAUCACCAAGCUUCACUGGAGCCAAAUGAAUUGGCUGAAUUGGUCAGCUCCAUCAGGCUUGUAGAGAAAGCAAUGGGCUCCUCUGUCAAACGCCUGUUGCCCUGUGAAUUGGCCUGUCACAACAAGCUUGGUAAAUCAGUGGUGGCCAAAGUUAAGAUCCCUGCCGGCACAGUGCUCACACUCAACAUGCUAACGGUGAAAGUGGCUGAGCCCCGUGGCUUUCCCCCGGAAGAAAUCUAUGACCUGGAAGGCAAGACACUUAAGCGAGAGAUUGAGGAAGACGAUUCCGUUACAGAAGAAGCGAUUGAGAAUUAUAACACUAGAACGAAAUGUUAGAUUUAUAGCAUGGCUGCUGCUCAAGGCUCUUUUCCCGCAGUCACCCUUCACCUUACCAAUACAUGUGCUCUGUAGAUGUACAAUUGCACCGGCUUGGGGAUCCUUUUGUAUUGAACACCAGUGGCAUGCCAGAUUGUGCUUCUGUUCUAGAACUGUCAGUGAGAGAAACUGCUGUUCUUGUAAGGCUUUCAAUUAUUGCAUGGCAAUCGGUCUGUAAUUCAGCAGGCUAUUUGUAUUCUGAUUCUAGAACCAACCCUGCCAUUGUGGAUGAAUCUCACACUAGUACUGUGACAAACACAUGUAUGCUGGCUGAAUGUUUACGGAUUGUGCUUCCUUCCUCUAACUUCAGCACCUCAUGUGAUUUCUUUUUUGUGUGUGUGUGUGUGUAGGCGACUUUGGCCUACAAGUAUAGCUUUCCUCUUUCAUUUCAGACUAGUAUAAGAAUUACGGUUUGGCCAAUCCCCCUCCCCCAUCUCUUCCUGUAUCAGACUGGCAAAAAAAAUACCCCGUGUGUUUGCACUUGAAUAGUUUUGCAUGAACGUCGCCAUCUUUAAUGAGGAUGGUGAUCUAUCUCUGCAUCCAGGGCUCAAAUCCAUUUCUUUAACAUGCGCUAUUCCAGCCAAGGAAAUCCAGCUCGAGUGAUAGAGAAACAAAAUCAAGAAUGCUAUGUAAAAUCUUUUUAUGAUCUUUUUGGGAUAGAUUCUUAUACAAAUGAAGUUUUAUGGAAUUUGCCUUGUUUUGGCACAGUGACUUUUGCACCAAAAAAAAUUUGUUGUGUACAAAGAUUGUUCUUUUGUAAAACAACAUUAAAAAUUGAUACAUUU